AAUGCGAUUUUUCUCACCCUCAAGACAUGCAAAUGACUUUUUCAUCUGUUCUUUUUAAGUUAUUUGCAUAAUUUUCUCCUAUGAAAGUGAGAGCUGUCACAAAUUAACCGUUUGAGGCUUCGCCAUUUAGUUAUGUGACCUUUUAGAGAGAACUAGAUCUCUUUAGGGAACUAGUAACUUUUGAUAUCCUGGAUGGAGAAGAGCGUCUCAGGUGGUCAGUGGCAGAAACAGCGGAUGAAGGAUGGCUAUCAACAGUGAGGAGCUCAACAUAAACAGCAAAAAGAAGCCCAGUAUGCAGCUACUUGGAGGGUGUUGAUUGAAAACUUCGAUCUCCCCACCCCAUUCACGGUUGAUUUGACUGAUUUCUCACCUCCUUCGCAGAGAAUAUUUCAAUUAAGGUCCCUUUAGAUGGAAUGUAAUACAGCAGGAGUCUUUUCGGCAAAAGGAUUAAUGCCUGCAUUAUCAUUUCUGCAAUAAAAUAAGAAGCUAAGUGGUGGAGGCCACAGAUACCUUAAACCUGGAUUCCACGAUUCUACACUAAGUGCUGGAGUUUUUACUGCUCUGCUGUUGGAAAGCUUUUGCCAAUGCUUACAAGGAACUGUUUAUUCUUGCUUCUCUGGGUCCUGUUUGAUGGAGGUCUCCUAAUACCACUUCAACCACAGCCACAACAGACUUUAGCCACAGAAUCAAGAGAGAAUGUCAUCCACCUGCCAGGGCGGCAGUCUCAUUUCCACCGAGUUAAACGUGGCUGGGUAUGGAAUCAAUUUUUUGUGCUGGAAGAAUACAUGGGCUCCGAACCUCAGUAUGUGGGAAAGCUCCAUUCUGACUUAGACAAGGGAGAAGGUGCUGUUAAGUACACUCUCUCAGGAGAUGGCGCUGGCACUGUUUUUACCAUUGAUGAAACCACAGGAGAUAUCCAUGCCAUAAGGAGCUUGGAUAGAGAAGAAAAACCUUUCUACACCCUUCGUGCUCAGGCUGUGGACAUAGAGACAAGGAAGCCCUUGGAGCCUGAAUCAGAAUUCAUCAUCAAAGUGCAGGAUAUUAAUGAUAAUGAGCCCAAGUUCUUGGAUGGGCCUUACGUUGCCAGUGUCCCAGAAAUGUCUCCUGUGGGUGUUAUUAGAACAGCUUUGCCGAACAUGGACAGGGAAGUCAAAGAACAAUACCAAGUGCUCAUCCAAGCCAAGGAUAUGGGUGGACAACUGGGAGGAUUAGCUGGAACCACAAUUGUCAACAUUACCCUCACUGAUGUCAAUGACAAUCCACCUCGAUUCCCCAAAAGCAUCUUCCAUCUGAAAGUUCCUGAGUCUUCCCCUGUGGGCUCAGCUAUCGGAAGAAUAAGAGCUGUGGAUCCUGAUUUUGGAAAAAAUGCAGAAAUUGAAUACAAUAUUGUGCCAGGAGAUGGGGGAAAUUUGUUUGACAUCGUCACAGAUGAGGAUACGCAAGAAGGAGUCAUCAAAUUGAAAAAGCCAUUAGAUUUUGAAACAAAGAAGGCAUAUACUUUUAAAGUAGAGGCCUCCAAUCUUCACCUUGACCACCGGUUUCACUCCAUGGGCCCCUUCAAAGACACAGCUACCCUGAAGAUCAGCGUGCUGGACGUGGAUGAGCCACCAGUGUUCAGUAAGCCUCUGUACACCAUGGAGGUUUACGAAGAUACUCCAGUCGGGACCAUCAUUGGCGCUGUCACUGCACAAGACCUCGAUGUGGGCAGUAGUGCCGUGAGGUACUUCAUAGAUUGGAAGAGUGAUGGGGACAGCUACUUUACAAUAGAUGGAAAUGAAGGCACCAUCGCCACUAAUGAAUUACUAGACCGAGAAAGCACCUCGCAGUAUAAUUUCUCCAUAAUUGCGAGUAAAGUUAGUAACCCAUUAUUGACCAGCAAAGUCAAUGUACUUAUUAAUGUUCUAGAUGUCAAUGAAUUUCCACCGGAAAUAUCUGUGCCAUAUGACACAGCUGUGUGUGAAAAUGCCAAACCAGGACAGAUAAUUCAGAUAGUCAGCGCUGCAGACCGAGAUCUUUCACCUGCUGGGCAGCAGUUUGCCUUCAGAGUAUCUCCUGAGGCUGCCAUCAAACCAAAUUUUACAGUCCGUGACUUCAGAAACAACACAGCUGGAAUUGAAACCCGGAGAAACGGAUACAGCCGCAGGCAGCAAGAGUUGUAUUUCCUCCCUGUCGUAAUAGAAGACAGUAGUUAUCCUAUCCAGAGCAGCACCAACACAAUGACUAUUCGAGUUUGUAGAUGUGACUCUGAUGGUACCAUCCUGUCUUGUAAUGUGGAAGCAAUUUUUCUACCUGUAGGACUGAGCACUGGGGCUUUGAUAGCAAUCCUACUGUGUAUUGUUAUACUCUUAGCCAUAGUUGUGCUGUAUGUAGCUCUGCGAAGGCAGAAGAAGAAAGACACCCUGAUGACCUCUAAAGAAGAUAUCAGAGACAACGUGAUCCAUUAUGAUGAUGAAGGAGGCGGGGAGGAGGACACCCAGGCCUUCGACAUUGGUGCUCUGAGAAAUCCAAAAGUGAUUGAAGAUAACAAAAUUCGCAGGGAUAUAAAACCAGACUCUCUCUGUUUACCUCGUCAGAGACCAGCAGUGGAAGAUAACACAGAUAUAAGGGAUUUCAUUAAUCAAAGGCUACAGGAAAACGAUUUGGACCCCACCGCCCCACCAUAUGAUUCACUGGCAACAUAUGCCUAUGAAGGAAAUGGAUCUGUAGCGGAAUCCCUCAGCUCUAUAGACUCUCUCACCACGGAGGCAGACCAGGACUACGAUUUUCUGACCGACUGGGGACCCCGCUUUAAAGUCUUGGCAGACAUGUUUGGCGAGGAAGAGAGUCACUUAGGGGAAAGUGAAAGCUAAAACACAACCAAGAGGAGAAAUUAAAAAAAGAAAAGGAAAGAAAAAAGGAAAAAGAAACAUAAAUAGAACUCACACACAUGCAGACACACACACAGACUUUAUAAGACAAGAUUUCCUUGAUUUUCUGGUUUCUAGCAAGUUGCUAUAUUUAUCAUAUUGUCAGUUUUGGUUUAUUCUGCCGACACAAGAUAAAUCCUAUAAUAUAUACUUGCUUUGUUUUAUUUUGUUAUUUUGGAAACAUACUGAGACAAGCUCAGGCUUAUUAAAUACAAUUUACUGACAUGACAACCUAGAAGGAAGAUAGCUAUCUGGCAUCACGGUGGAAGAGUGUUAGAUUUUUCUUAAUUCCACUAAAGUGCCUAUUGAAACUCUUCUCAUUUAAAGCGUGUACAGUACACUCUGCUGUGAUGGCAUUGCAGGAUUCAGAGAUAAAGAGGACAUAAAACAAGACACAGUCUUCAUGUCAAGGAGCAAUAGCAACAUGCUGACUCUUCUAAUUCCUUUGAGGAAAAAAAAGAAUAUGAACUCCAUCUUCUUAUAAUUCAAAGUCCUUUUUUUUUUUUGUUUUUUUAAACUGUAUUCCAAAACACAUUUGUUUUUUCCUGCCCCUCCAGAAAAUUGAAAUAGAUAUGAUAUUAUCAAAUUCAGUAUGUAAAUCUGGAAUUUUAAAAGAAAUUGUUUGGUCAUAUGAUUAGUUCAGAUUAAGGUUAUUCAUUAAAAUGUUCUUUGUUUUCCAAAAAAUAAAAUUUAAAAAGGAAAUAAAAAAAUCUCUCUCUAUAAUGAGAGGUUUCAGAGCUCAAACUCCAUAUUAAAAUAAAUACUGGUUUUGUUUAAUACUG